AUGUAUAAAUCCCCCAUGUUGCCUCUGUACUUUACCACCACUUCGUUACCGCAUGCACCCUGCCCUGCCCCAUUGCACAUGCCCCUCCAUAAGCACCUCCACAGCUCUUUGCAAAACUCAACAAUCAGCAUGAAGACGCCUUUCACGCUCUUGUUCCUUACUUGUCUGCUGUCCAUCUCAACGUCUGCGGCCAUUCGCAGUGUCAACGAGCUGAACGCUCGCCAAGGCGUCUUGGAUAUUGACUUGUUCGACGAUCCGGAAAGUCAACGCUUGGAAAGAUGUAUGCAUUCUGUCUGCUUUCCCUUAUACCCGCGAGCAUUUUCAGACUUUUCUCCGACAUACUAA